CAUCAUGUUCUCAGGCGCUGAGUAACUGCCGGGUCUAUUUUUACUCUUGUUCAGCAGGCUUCCUUUCCUCAGCGGCUGCUGCGUGAAGAGGUGAAGGACAGGAGAAUGCCAAGAGAGGAGUUCCUGCAAGACCCGUCUCCACCCCUUUCUUGCUCUUCUCUUAUAAAAGAAGGAACAACUGAACUGCUAGCACCUUAUUUUCUCACAGACUAAAAUCCAGAUUCAUGCUAGCUCUCUCCCUGGUGCUGUCUCUCCUCCCACCAGAGCUUACCUUUUUCUUUCUUGCUGCAACAAGAAUACAAGAGAUCAGCAGCAGCAAUUCCAGUCUGGAGACUUAGCAAGACUUAACACACACAGAGGCUGCUUCUCCAGAGCUAUUUCUUCACCUGUCUGCAAACAUAACAACUCAAGCCUCAAACUCUCACCAGACCAAAGCUACCAAUGCUCUUUGGAAAGAAGCCUCCAGCAGAAAUUUAACAGCGAAGAAGAGAUUCAAAUCGAACGGAGCGGGAACUGUUUCAAGAAGUCAAACAAGAAAGAAUGAGGGAAGUUUUUAACCUUUCGAAGCUUAAAAGAUUCUGAAGGAAUACUGCAAAUAAUUUUGCUUUUGUCAGCAGACACUUUUGUCCUUAAAAGAAGACCCUGAUUUCAUGCGGACUGCUAAAUCAAGGGAAAUGUUGAGAGACUUCUUGUAGAAAAGUUAUGGGGUAUGCAAGAGACCAACUCUGGAAGCGCAAGUUUUGAUGGGGACAUUUCCCCCCAUUUUAUUCCUUCUACGUUCAUACCUAUGCUUUCUCUCCCCUAAGGAGGAGGCAGAAAGGUAACCAGUAAUUAUUUUUUUCCUCAGAGCCUUUCAGAGAUAUCUUACCUAAGUAAGAGUGCAUGUUAUUUUUUUGGAGAACAAACGUUUGCACAGGAGAAAUGAGAAAGCACAGGACCCCCUGUGUAUGAUACCACAGACUGUAUCCCUUUCUCACCUCUGUGCCUGAACUCUAGGAACCUUAUUUCUUUUCUUUUCUUAAAAAAAUAACCCACCUCUCCUUCAAUGUGUCUGGAACUUCUGGGAAUUGGAGUCGGCAUGAAUUUCGGAGUGCUCUUCGUGUGUUUCUGCUACCUGCCACUCGUCAGCAGCGAGGGAGACCCCAUCCCUGAAGAGAUAUAUGAAUUGCUGAGUGACAGCUCAUUGCGCUCCAUCAGAGACCUUCAGCAGGUCCUUCGGAUAGACUCCGUAGAAGAAGAUAACUCCACUUCAUACCUGAAUACUACCAGAAUACAUCCUGGUCAAAAUCCUGUUUCUUUUCUCCGAGGAAGACGAAGUCUAGUUGGAGGAGAACCUGUGGAGCCAGCAGUAAUUGCAGAGUGCAAGACACGGACAGAAGUCUUUGAAAUCUCCCGGACCAUGGUGGAUCCCACCAACGCCAACUUCCUGGUGUGGCCGCCAUGCGUGGAAGUGCAGCGGUGCACAGGCUGCUGCAAUACCCGAAACAUGCAGUGCCGCGCCACGCGGGUCCGUGAGCGCCACAUCCAGGUAAAUAAGAUUGAAAUUGUCCGAAAGAAACCAGUCUUUAAUAAAGCCAUUGUGGCCUUGGAAGACCACCUGGAAUGUCGAUGUGAAGCAGUAUCACCCAGAGCGUUCAGCCGGCCAAACUCACGAGAGCAUAGAGCAGGUGGGCCGCCACUGAGCACUCGGGCUUCUCUUCCAGCAAGGGCACGAGCGCACCGGUUGCCACCACAAAAGAGGAAGCAUCGGAAGUUCAAGCAUGUGCACGAUAAGAAGGCCCUGAAAGAAAUCUUCCCAGCAUAGAAGAUGCCGGCCGGCAAAAGUGCAAAUGUCAGGUUUAUUAUUUAAUAUAUUUGCUGUAUUGCCCCCAUGGGGUCCUCAGAGUUUCUCUCCGUCCAUCCGCCUCAAUGCUACUUUUGGACGGCCAAUGGUGCUUCCUGAUCCCUUGCUCGCUGGACGUUCUCCCACCAAAGUUUACCCUUCGACUUCUCACCUAAUUGCAUUUCAGCAUUGUCCCGAAAGGAAGAAACUGGGGUGGGAAAUAAACGGAAGAAAGAAAACACAGCCAUUUGGAUGGACAAUAUACUGCCUGCUGGAGCAAACGCACUGGAAACGGGCAAAGACUUGUGGCCCUGAUCUCCUUUUGAAGGAGGAGGCUUGAUUUCCC